CAAAUUUGCUAAAAAAAAAAGGAAAUAAAUUAUUUAGCACCUUUUGCUGUGUAGUUUUUAAUCUGUAAUUGUAAUUUUUUCUUUCAGUCUGAUUAGUCGUCAUAUUAUUUGGUUACUAAGACGAACUMAACGAUGAGUCGCUGCUCAUCGGAGCCACGUUGCUCCCCAGGUGUUCCCACCUGAAUGAGCUGCUCUCCAGCCAGGCUCUGAUCUUGUUCCCUCUAAUCUGUUGACCUCUGCUCUGCAGCCGCGCUCUAAACUGGACUCUCCUCUAAUCUGGACGAGAACAUCGGCUAAUGCCGUUGCAUAACGGUUCAUCUCCAACCGAGCCUCCGGGGAAUGAAGCGCCUCGUUUCCUCCCACCUGACCUCAGUCAUAUCCCACAUUCUGAUGAUUUAGAAACACAAAAUGCUGACAGAACCARAAGCUUUUGCUUGUUUCGGUUUAAAAGUGGCGGGUCAGAGUUGAACUCACACAGGAUUAGCGGUCAUGGACACCAUCUUGGCCGCCGUCCAUUGCUGGAGGGAUGAAGAGGCGUGGCCUGUGGCGUCGUCUCCUCCUCCUCACCUGUCUGCCGUGUGUUGGGUCGACAGUCUCGGCUCUCUGUUGGAGAGGAAACAGGUUGAGGCSGUGWUGCUCUGACCUCAGCAUGUGAGAAGRUUCUGGUUCUCUGGGUCCGUCUGGACCGGACUGUUUGGAGAGGACUCCGUCCACGGCCAUGUUCUGAAGAAGACGGGCGGUUUGGACAGCUGCGAUGCCUGGAAGCCAGUACCAGCUGACCCGCACCARRCUGAGCCACAGCCUGUACAGCCUGACGGACAGCUCGGACGGCGGCCAUGAGGAGGAGCGGCCCGACGACGCGCUGCGCCUCACGCCGCUGCAGAAGCUGACGGCGGCCAUGUGCAAAGACGAGAAGACCAUCAAGGAGCUGAUCAUCGGCCGCAGGGUGGGCUUCUACAAGGUCAGAGGGGAGAUCGGCUACGGGACUUUCUCCAGGGUCAAACUGGCGUUCCACGCCCUGACCAAAGACAAAGUGGCUCUGAAGAUCCUGGACCGGACGCGGCUGGACGUCCAGGCCCAGCGGCUGCUGUCCAGGGAGAUCAGCAGCAUGGAGUGCCUGCAGCACCCCAACGUGAUCCGGCUGUACGAGGUGGUGGAGACGCCCAGCCGCCUCUUCCUGGUGCUGGAGUACGCCGGAGGAGGAGAUCUGCACAACCGGAUCUGCAGCGAGGGGAAGCUGUGCGACAACACCAGCAAGAUCACCUUCGCCCAGAUCCUCUCUGCCGUCAAGUACAUGCACAACUUGAACAUCAUCCACCGCGACCUGAAAGCGGAGAACGUUCUGUUCACCUCCGACGGCUGCGUCAAAGUCGCAGACUUCGGCUUCAGCACGCGCGUGGCGAGCCGCGGCAGCGCGCUGGACACRUUCUGCGGCUCGCCGCCGUACGCCGCCCCGGAGCUGUUCAGGGACGACAGCUACCUGGGCCCGCCGGUGGACGUCUGGGCCAUGGGGGUCCUGCUGUUCUUCAUGGUGACCGGCASCAUGCCGUUCCGGGCCGACACCAUGGGCAAGCUGCGGCGCUGCAUCUUGGAGGCCAGCUACGCCAUCCCGCCCUGGGUGCCGGGCCCCUGCCAGCGGCUCAUCAGGGGCAUCCUGAAGCCGGUCCCUGCCGAGCGCUACGCCAUCGACCAGAUGCUGGGCUGCGAUUGGCUGCUGCCCGUGGAGUUCCCCUGGGCGCUGGUGCCGCCGGAGCCGCCCGGCCCGCUGCAGAGCCUGCUGGAGUCGGAGCGCGGGAACCCGGAGGACGAGGAGAUGGAGGAGGAGGUGCGGAGCUCCCUGGAGGAGCUGGGCUUCACCGCCGAACACCUCCGCAACCACCAGCUGACGGACAGCCGCAGCCCCGUCACCGGCGUCUACCGCAUCCUGCUGCACCGCGCGCAGAAGAGGUGGGGCUGCGACUCGCCGCCCGUGGUCCGCGGCAUGGUGAGGGACCCCAAGAGGGAGGGGCUGCGGGCCUACAGGGGCCUCAGGCACACCUCCAAGUUCUGUGUGCUGUCAUAACGGACCUYUACGGGUCGGUCUGUGGCCUAAUCAAAUCAUUCCUAGAUAACAAGAGCUUAGUCUUUAAUUACAAACAAGCUGCUGCUGGCCACGCCCCCCAACUCAACGUUUACACCUGCACCUGAAAAUGGCCGCAAACAGAUCCACAAUUAUACAACAGAACACAAAAUGAAAAGCAGAAGUGGAGCCUCCUGCACAGCCCAUUGCAUGGACCAAUCAUGUCUUUCUUUUCUUUUCUUUUUUUUUUUUUGAUAAACUUUAUUUGACUGAAAGUUUACAAAACAGCCAGGUACAUUACUGCUCUGGAAGUUAAUCAGAAAAAAUAACUUAUCGCAAGCUAAGUGCGCUAAAUGCUAACAUUAGCAAAAUCACUAAACAAACAUUAGCUCAAUUGYUCAGUUCAACCAAUUCUAAACUCUUUCUUGCGUAUUGGUGGAACAUCUAAAUAAAAGUCUCUUCUUUGGACUUUUACAUGUAACUUCCUGCAACGCCGCCUACUGGCCAAUCAGAGUAAGUGCAGGAAAAUCCUUCCUCCAUCUUGAUCAGGGUUCUGCCUUCUGCUCUCUUCUCUGAAUUUAUCAAAUUAAACCAACUGGGCCUCUUGGUACAUCUGAGCUCUCCAAGCUCCACUUGGGUUGCUAGGUAACAAGCGGAACUGGACUGGGGUUGCUAGGUAACGAACAGAGAAGUUACAUUCA